UUCCUGUUCUUUUGUCUCUCUCAUUGUUGUUAGACGAUAAAUAAGAGCUGAUUUGAUCCAGGAUAUCAAACCUUCGUACUCUUUUUCUUUCCAGGGUCUUGAUUUUUAGUGUGGAAUAACAUUUCACACUCUAUACACGCUGUCAGUCUGAUGUGUGACAAAAUUUCAAAACACAUGUGGACAAUUUGAUCACAUUAUUUAUUUAACUCAUUUGAAACCUGUGGUCAAUUUUUCCAACAAGUCUUCCCUAAAGAUAGGUAUAGUAUCUAUUUUAAGUCUCUUCCUGCUAGUCUUCCACACGAUAUGAUAGAUCUAUUUCUCUCUCAAAAGUCAAGUCUCUCACCUCUUUGCUUCCAUUCAUUCUUGAUCUUUUUUGUUACUGGAACGAAUGAAAUGAACAUUGAAUGAUCAAAAACUGCUAUAUUUUAAGUCGAUCCGAUCCCAACUUCAAGUUCCCACGAAACCAGUGGGGAAGAGAAGAAACCAGGAAACACAAAUACAUGUUUUCCAUGAUAGUUAAUUCCAAGCCUUGAAAUAGCUAGUGUUGAAAGCUUCUGGGGUUACUCAUAUAUAUAGUCCUUGGAUACCUACUCUUCUACGAGUAGGAAUAUCGGAAAUGAGCAUACAAAGAACCUCUACAUAUUUUCCCCCUUCAUCUCCUCAGUGGAAAUAUGAUGUCUUUUUGAGUUUUAGAGGUGAGGAUACUCGAAAGUCUUUUACAGACCAUUUAUACACUGCAUUAGAUCAUCAAGGCAUCAUAACUUUCAGGGAUGAUCCUCAACUUCAAAAAGGGGAAGCUAUUUCUCCAACACUUUUUGCUGCAAUUGAAGAAUCAAGAUUUGCUCUCAUUGUUCUCUCACAACAUUAUGCAUCGUCAACAUGGUGCUUGGAUGAACUUGUAAGAAUUCUUGAAUGUAUGAAAGCAGGAGAAACUGUACUGCCAAUUUUCUACGAUGUUGAUCCUUCUGAUAUACGAAAGCAAACAGGGAGUUUUGGAGAAGCCUUUGCUAAUUAUGAAGAAAGGUUUAGAGAUGACAAAGAGAAAGUGCGAAGGUGGAGACAUGCUUUAACAGAAGUGGCAAGUUUCUCUGGGUGGAAUUCAAAGGAAUGGUAUGAAUCAACGCUCAUCAAAGAUAUUGUAGAAGUUAUAUGGACAAAAUUGCAACCUACAUCAUUCAGUUAUGCAGAAAAUCUAGUUGGGAUUUACUCAAGAUUGCAGCAAGUCAAUUUUCUUUUAGAUGUAGGGGUGGAAGACGUCCGCUUCAUUGGGAUAUGGGGAAUGGGCGGGAUUGGUAAGACAACUAUGGUAAGAGCGGUGUAUGAGAAAAUCGCUCGUGAAUUUGAAUUUAGUUUCCUUCUUACCGAUGUUAGAAACUCCUCCGAAAAAAGUGGUCUACUUAAUUUACAAAAGCAACUUCUCUCUGGGAUUUGGACAAAAAAGGUCGACAUAUCAGACCUUCAUGAAGGAGCUACCAUUAUAAGGAGGUUGUUAGGUCACAAAAAAGUUCUUCUCAUUCUUGAUGAUGUGAACCAUUCAAGCCAUUUAAAAUAUUUGGCAGGAAACCGAGAUUGGUUUGGUUCAGGGAGUAGAGUUCUCAUCACAUCCAGAAAUGAGCAUUUGUUGAUUGAACAUGGAGUGGAGAGAAGAUUGAAAGUUGAGGAAUUUAAUGAUGAGGAUUCUCUCCAGCUUUUCAGCUGGAAAGCAUUCAAAAGAGGCCACCCUGAAGAAGAUUUUCUUGAUUUGUCAAAAUCUGUUAUGAGUUAUGCUAAAGGCCUUCCUUUAGCUCUUGAAGUACUGGGUUCUUUUUUUCAUGGAAGAGAUCUAAGUGAAUGGAAAAGUGGACUGAGAAAACUAGGAAGAGUUUGUAACUUGGAAAUUUUCGACAUACUUAAAACUAGUUAUGAUGAUCUAGAUUCUGAAGAGAAGAAAAUAUUCCUAGACAUUGCAUGUUUCUUUAAUGGACAGGACAAAGAUCGAGUAACAGAAGUAUUAAACAGUUGCGAUGUUUCUGCAAUUAUUGGAAUAAAAGUCCUGAUGGAAAGAUCUCUCUUGACUGUUUCUCAUGGAAGACUAAGGAUGCACGAUUUGCUCCAAAAAAUGGGACGGGAAAUUGUUCGCCGGGAAUCUCCUAACGAGCCGAGCAGGUGCAGUAGGUUGUGGCUUCUUGAAGACAUCAAACAUAUCUUGACCAAUAAUUCUGGAACUGAAGCAAUAGAAGGCAUAUUUGUGGACUCAACCGAGUCAGAAGUAAAUAUGGACGUGAAUCGAAAAUCAUUUUCAAUGAUGAACAAAUUGAGAUACCUGAAGAUUAAUAAUGGGAAUCUACCUAAGGGGCUUGAAUAUCUUCCCAAUAGUUUACUGAUUCUUGAUUGGACGAGGUAUCCAUUAAAAUCUCUGCCAUCACAUUUCAACCCUCAGAAGCUGCUCAAACUUAGCUUGUGUCAUAGUUGUAUUAAACAUUUCAGGAUAGGAACUGAGCCUUUAUACAAUUUGAAAACCAUUGAUCUGAGUCACUCUCUCGAUCUUGUCAGCACCCCAAACUUUAAAGGUAUGCCAUAUCUCGAGAUUCUGUGUCUUGAAGGUUGUAUAAGAUUGUAUGAGGUUGACCCAACAAUUGAAGUGCUUGAAAGACUUACUGUGCUGAACUUGAAAGAUUGCAAACAUCUUGUGUGUCUUCCAAGCAGUGUAGGUGGCUUAAAAUCUCUCAAAGUUCUCAAUCUUUCUGGUUGCUCAAAGCUUGACAUCCUGCCAGAUGAGCUGGGUCAUGUUGCUUGUUUGGAGAAGCUUGAUGUGAGUGGAAGUGGCAUAAGAGAAGUGCCCUCCUUUAUUGGUCUUUUGAAAAACCUCAAAGAAUUAUUUCUUGCUGGAUUUAAAGCACAGUCACCUAAAUCAUGGAAUAUGAUGUUCAAUCCCUUUGAGUUAUUGCGAAAAAGAAGUCACAUUCCCACAAGAUUGUCAUUGCCUUGUUUAUUUAGUUUGCAUUCAUUAGCCAGACUGGAUCUAAGUGACUGCAAUCUUUUUGACGAAGCAAUCCCCAGUGAUUUUGGAUGUUUAGCCUCAUUAAGAAUUCUAAAGUUGAGCAAAAAUCAAUUCGUUAAACUGCCUGAGAGCAUCGGCCAGCUCCCUAGACUUGAAAAUCUUCAGUUGGAUUUGUGUAGCAAGCUUCGGACAUUACCAGAGCUUCCAUCUCAUGUAUGGGUAUCCGCUAGCGACUGCAUUUCAUUAGAUACAUUGGCCAAUCAAAGAGGACAAUGCAAUUCGGUACGAGGAGGAUAUUUUGGUAACUGUUUCAAAAUGGUGGAGAAUGAAAGCUGUGGGAGUACAGCACUUUCGUUGCUAACACACUACCUUAAGUUUCAACGUUGUGGUUCUUCCGUACAUUCAUUUCAUAAAUCAUUUGACCAUAAAGGUUUUCAUUUUGUUGCUCCUGGAAAUGAAAUACCCGAGUGGUACAAUCACCAAAGUGUGGGGUCUUCGAUAACUGUAGAGCUUCAUCCUGGUUGGUUUACUAACAAGUGGAUGGGAUUCGCCGGCUGUGCCGUUUUUGGACUCAUCAAACCACUCCCGCCUGGGGUUGAGUGGACUAUUUGUUGCUUAUUGACGGCCAAUGGAGAAUCCUGGGGUCAGUGUGGUCUGGGAAAGUGGGGUGAACCUAUGUUGGAUCACAUUUGGUUAUUCUUUAUGCACCGUGAUACAGAAGCCUCUACUUUUAAACAUGAGUGGCAGGAUAUCUACUAUCAGCUUGAAUUUGCAUUUAAAUUCACCACGGCGGACAUGAAGAAAGUGGAAGCUCCGCAAGUGAAGAAAUGUGGAGUCCGUAUGAUAUAUGAGGAAGAUGUGGAGGAGCUUUGGCAAACAUUAUUGAAGGAGAGCAAUCCCAAGCGAGGCCUUCAACACAAUGAUGAUGAUGCAGCAUCUAAUAGUGCAAGUCAGGCUCAUCCAAAAAGAAUUAAACAACUCCUCCUUGAUGGCGCAGGACCCAGUGGAAGCCCUUAGAUUCAUGACCACAAACACAGUUAAUGCAUUUUCUUUUGUGGAAGAAAAGAAUUCUUGUGAUCGAAUGAACACAUGCAUCUUGUGUCCUUUAAUUAUGCCUGCUGGUGGAUCGAUGGAGCAGCAAUAUAUAGUUCAUCCCAAAUUUUGAAUGUCU